CAGUUGCGCUUGUCCUCCCACCGUUUCGCAAGCCAACUCGCGUUCCGCUUUCUUUCCCUAGUGGAGUUACCUUGUCCGGUUGGACUUCUCAUGACUCCCCCGUCGUGUUGCAAAUAUAUAUAUACUCCCCCCCGCUACACGCCCCAUCAACGCGAUCCCGGCAUCGGCGAUGGACCUCCCGGUGGUUGACCUUUCCCGUUACCUCGAGAUCUCCGCCCGGCGAGGGGCCGGAGCUCUUCCCCCGGCGGCGGCGGAGGUGGAGCUGAGGGCGCUCUGCACGACGGUGAGCGGGUGCCUCAGGGACAGCGGGGCGCUGCUCGUGAAGGACCCACGGUGCUCCGUCGAGGACAAUGAUCGGUUCCUCGACAUGAUGGAGCGAUAUUUUGGGCGACCGGAAGAGUUCAAGCGCCUCCAAGCGCGCCCCGCCCUCCAUUACCAGGUCGGAGCAACUCCUGAGGGAGUGGAAGUUCCGCGUAGUCUGGUUGACGAGGAUAUGCAAGCAAAGAUCAAAUUGAUGCCGGAAGAGUUCCAACCUGCUAUUCCUAGAGGCCCAGAUCCUAAAUGGCGAUACAUGUGGAGAGUGGGCCCUCGACCAGCAAACACCCGUUUUCAGGAACUGAACUCAGAACCUGUCAUACCCGAAGGGUUUCCUGAAUGGAAAGAAACUAUGGAUUCGUGGGGUUCAAAAAUGAUAGCCGCAAUUGAGGUUGUUGCUGAGAUGGCUGCAAUCGGAUUUGGCUUAGACAAGGAUGCAUUCACUUCUUUAAUGAAACAGGGACCUCACCUCCUCGCUCCAACAGGAAGUGACCUCCAACGACAUGGCAGUUUGGGCACAGUUUUUGCAGGAUAUCAUUAUGACCUAAAUUUCUUAACAAUCCACGGUAGAAGUAGAUUCCCAGGCUUAAGCAUCUGGCUGAGAAAUGGGCAAAAAAUGGAGGUCAAGGUUCCUGUGGGUUGUCUUCUUAUCCAAACAGGAAUGCAGAUAGAGUGGUUAACUGGAGGCAAGUGUUUGGCUGGAAUGCAUGAAGUUACUGUGACUAAUAGGACACUUGAAGCUAUUGAGUUGGCAAAGCAGCAAAACCUCAGCAUUUGGAGGGUUUCAUCAACUCUCUUUGCACAUAUUGCUUCGGAUGCUAUCUUGAAGCCGUUAGGGCAUUUCGCUGAGACACCGGUUGCGAGCAAAUACCCUCCUAUGUGUGCUGGAGAUUUUGUUGAACGGGAGCUUGGGGUAAUUAAUCUUAAAGGGAGGAAGGGAUACUCGUAGACCAUCUACGAUGACAUAAAUUGAUUGUUGACUUCACUAGGAGUGGUUCUCCAUUGUCUAAUUCACUUUUGAUUCUUAUGGAAACAAAGACAUUUGAUGGUGCGAAUCCAUCUUCAACAUUUAUGUCAUUUUACAAAGUGACCAUAUUCAAUCAGAUCAUCAUCCUAUUCUGGGUUUGGU